UUCAUUGUGUAUUUUGUAACGGCUGAGAUUAAUCGAAGCGAUCAUACUGAAUAUCGUCUUUAUGUCGGCUUAAACUCUCUCACAAGUACCACAGCCUUGGUAAGCUAUAGAUUUGAAGUUGGUCAAUACAGAUCGCUCAMUUCMUUUUCUGAUAACAUYCGCGAAGAGUUCAGACGCCACCGAGAGAUGUCAAUAUGGAUGAGUUUGYGGUGAUGAUUUGAGAUGCCGAAACYUAUGGUCUGUGUUUUAMAAUCUACCUGAAUAUUGGAAAUUCUGAAGUAAUUUAAUCUCAAGUGAGUKGAUGGAUGGCAAGUACAGGUCCUUGGGAUCCAACUACUGGAGGAAGCUCUAGUGAACAUCCAACGACUAGGCAACCACCACCAAGACGUAGCACACUAAGAGUCAGUCACUUAGGAACGCCGGGAAGUUCAUUUAGACCAAAAUCGCCUACGGCAGCGAGGAGGAUCAACAGGAUGAUAUCUGGUACAGGCGUUCACGUUGCGGAUAAAGUUGAAGAUCUUGCAGCUUCUUUGCAAGCUACCAGCGAAGUGUUAUCGACGGCAGAUCGGAUGCUUGAGCAUUAUAGAGAUAUCAAUGUGGAACAAGAUGAGGAAAUUGUUAAGCUUCGUGGAGAAUUAGAAAAAUCAGCAGAUUUACUAAGAAGAGAAAGAAUUCUGAGAAGACGACGUUUACCAGCAACACCCUCAUCAUCCAUGUCAGAAGAUGAAUCCAGGCCAAGAAGAAGCAGAGGUCGUGGUAGUGUCAGAUUCAGUGAUGAUGUUAGAUCAGAUGUUGAAGAUUUGAAACAUGUCAUGAGAGAAAUCAAAAGCGAACAAAAUAGACUGUCUGGUGAAAUAGACUCUGAAAGAGAAGAUAGGUAUCAAGACAGUAGAAAAGCUCACAGUAGACAUGGCAGCUCAAGAAUGCCAGAAGAAGCAUUAUUAGAAAGAGAAAGACUACUAAGAGAACUGAGAGAAACAGAAGAUGCUAGUAGAAGACAGGCUGAAGUGUUAGUCAGGGGACUUGACGCAGAAAGAGAUGUUCUAAUGGAGAGUCAAAGAAUUGCUAAUGCWCGKGAGGGAGAGCUUGAAACCCUAAGAUCUCAGUUGCAGGCAGCACAAAAAUCGCAACAAGAUGAAAUUGAAAAGAGACUAAAAGAAAUCCAAUUAGAGAUGAGAGCCGAACGGGAAAUGUGGGAGCAAAAACAGCGUGAAGUUGGUGACCUGACAAGUGAACUACGCAAUGUAAAGAGUCUUCUUGACAAUGCUUCAGACAAGAAAAUCAAAGAAGAAAUACGAUCUGUUGCCAGUGAGUUAGACGUGGAAAGACGCGCGUUGGAAGAAACRAAUUACGAAAAGAGAAUUCUGUCCGCCCGUGUUGAUGACCUCGCGAGUAGGUUGGAGCAGUCGGAACGAGAGAGACGGCAGGUUUUAGAGGAACUUGAUGAAGCUGCAAAGAAGCUCGAUCAGUCUGAAGGAGGAAAAUCUGUUUUAUCCCAUCAAGCUGAAGAAACAAGACAACGUCUUAACCGUGCCGAGUCUGAGAAAAAUGAGCUGGCGCAACAGCUUGAAGAGUACCAGGCGAAGCUACAAGACAACGAGACUCAAAGAAAACGACUUCAGUCGCGCUUAGAUUCGCUUGGUCGUGAAGUCAAUGAAGGGCAAAGUGACAGAGAAAGGCUACUAGAACAACUAGACGUCUUACGAAAUCAGCUCUCUAAAUCCGAGAUCGAAAAGGAGGAUAUAGUAAAGCAAGUUUCAAUGGCAACUCGUGGAUCUUCCUCACGUCGACAAUCUCUCGGCCCAGUUCGUGUACCAAGACGAGGUGGUUCAGGCGAUGUCGGUGAAUUACGACAAACUAUCGAUCAAAUAGAACGCGAUUUGAAUAGCAGCAGGAUAGGUGGCUACGAUGGAAGGAGAGGUAUCAGUCGAGGAGAGUUCGACAAGUCAUCACUAGGGGAGACGUUAGACAAUCUAAGAGAAGAUAUGGACAGAAARGACGAGCAACAAGAACACCUUAUUGAACAGAUGAAAGACCUGUUAAAUAAAUACGACCAAAGCGAGAAUGAGAAAAGACAGUUUGCAAAAGAACUAGAUAAUGUUAAUAAAAAYUUUAAAGUUAGCAGCGCGGAGCUUGAGAAACUAAAUCAAGAACUUGAAAAUAAGGAAAACCUGCUGAAAGACAGCGAAAAGAAAAGAAAUGAGCUWAAAGCUAAGGCACUUAAUUCAUUGAAAGAUUACCGCGCAAAAUGCAAACGUCUAGAACGAGAAGCAGAACAAGGAAAAGAAGCAAUGGCUCGUAAUGAAAAACUCGAGCGAGAGUUACGAGAUUUGCGGACAGUGGUUACAAACACUAGUUCUGUUGGAGGACCAUCAUUUAGUACAUCGCGAAGAGAUAUGGACGAGCUUAUGGACCAGAGACAGCGACUCAACGAUGAACUGGCUGCAAAAAACAAUGAGAUUCGUGAACUGCAAGCUGUUCGAUAUAAUAACGAGCGAGACAUGUCCGAACUGAAAACGCAAGUUGAAAAGCUUGCUGCUGAACUCCGCGCCCAUCAAGCUCAAGCYUCCGUUACAGAUAUGGAAAAAUCGAAACUGGAAGAAGCUCUUCAGGCUGCACAAUUCGAAAGGAAGCAAGAUGCUGUAAAGUUUGAGAAAAAACAAGUCGAGCAACAGAAUGACUUGGAAGCACUCGUUAUUGAGCAGAAGAAAGAAAUCAAAGAUUUGAGAACGAAAGGUGCUCGACUUUUGAACAAAGUCGARCAGGAAAUAGCUGAGAGGCAGGCGAUAGAAGAUCAGUUUCUACAGCUUAGAGAACAAGAAAGAAGACUACGAGAUGAAAGUGCUUCAGUGUUUGCUCAACUCCAACAAGAACGAGAGGAACACACAAGGGCGUUACGAACAUUACAGGACCAAAUACAAUCUCUGGCGGGAAGCCAUGAGAAAGCGUUGCAAGAAGCUAAAAAUCAACACGGCACGGAAAAAUCACAACUUGAAAGUCAACUGGAGGAAAUGAAGCUUCAWUUAGCGGAUGAAAAAUCGACUACAAARGCUUUACGAAACAGACAAGCAAAGGAACACGAACAAAUUGAACGUUUAACUUCGGACUUCAAUUCAGCAUCCGAGGAUAACACUAAACUCCAAAAGAAACUAGAACAAGCACGAGAGGAUAACGAAACAGUGAAAGAAAAGAUGGAAGUGAACCAGGCAAGGGUUUCUCAACUUGAGGAUACGCUACGACGAAGUCAGUACAUGUUAGAAAAAGCCGCCGAGGAACAACAGUCUUGGUGGCAGAAAGUGGACGAUCAACUGGAUAAGAUUGUAGACUUUAUUUGCAAGGCGUCYGAUGUUCCUCUCCCUACGUUGUUAGCAAGUGGCGGAAUUCGACAUGAUUCGCAUCAAGGCGUCGCGGAAAUGAUUGGCAAACUGCGAUGGUUAAAUGAAGAACUCAAAGUUCGAAUAUCAUCUGAAAGACGUCUGAGGGAGCAGGUUGACCAGAAUAACAGACGAAUUAUGGAYUUGGUUCAUAAAGCCGAAGAAGAUAGAAAAUACUUUGUGUCUGAACUUGACCAACAGUCGCUACUUAUCGACCAAAUGUCUUCACAGAAAAAAGGUCUCGAAAGUAAACACCGACAGAGUACAGAUGAUAUCAAGACGUUAAAGGAUAGAGUACGUCAACUUACUAAACAUCUGCAAAAUAGUACAAGAGCUUUGCAUGUUACCACAGAAGCUUUGGAUGACAAGCAAAAAGUCAUAGAUGAGAUUGAUGAUCUGAAGGGAGAGAAACAAGAAAGAGAUAAAAUUCAUGAUAGAUAUAUAAGAUAUAAGGAAAAGGUUGGCAGUAUUCGUAAAGAGCUGGAAGGAGCUAGGUCCAUUGCAGAGGAUUACAAGCAAGAAAGUCUUGAUGCUAGUAMCAUGUCAAUAAGACUAACAGAAAGUUUGGACAGACUCGCGAGUCCAAAGCCGAAGCAAAGACGACUGCAGUUCCCAGAAACACCUUCCACUCUGAGGUCUGCGUUCAAAUCYAACUACAGCACCAACGAACUCUCGCCUGYCUCGUCWGAAAGUACUYUGUCAAUUCUUUCCCAAGACUACUCACCGCCCCUUAAAACUGACAGAAAAAGAACAAUGCGAAGUUCCCGGACACCAGCGUCMAUGCGAUACACAGAUCUAGACUAUAAAGAAAGACCCUCGUGGCUCGAAGGAGCAUCGCCUUAUGAAGAGGCAGAACGAGACAAGCCAAGAUAAACACCAUAUUUAUGUCAACGUUGCUUAUAUGAAUUGUAGCUCGAUAAAUUUAAAAAUUUUAAGA